AUGAAGCUCGACGCGGAGGCGCUCCGGCACUUGUCGAACGAGCACUUUCGCGUGCUGACUGCCAUAGAGAUGGGCCAGCGGAACCACGAGAUCGUCCCGCUGCCGCUGAUCGACCAAAUUGCCGGGCUGCGGCGCGGCGGGACGCACAAGCUCCUGAGGGACCUGGGCAGGCACAAGCUCGUGCACCACGACGGCACGAAGUACGACGGGUACCGUCUGACGUACCAGGGCUACGACUUCCUGGCCAUCAAGACCCUCGUGCGGCGGGGCGUGCUCACCGCCGUCGGGCGCCUGCUCGGCGUGGGCAAGGAGUCCGACAUCUUCGAGGCGCUCGGGGCGGACGGGGAGGUCGUCGUGCUCAAGCUCCACCGCCUCGGCCGCACGUCCUUCCGCAGCGUCCGCAAGAACCGGGACUAUCUGCGCAGGGGUUCUCACUUCAGCUGGUUGUACUUGUCGCGGCUCGCCGCGAUCAAGGAGGCGGCCUUCAUGCGCGCGCUCGGCGACCGCGGCUUCCCGGUCCCCGACGCCAUCGACCAGAACAGGCACGCCGUCGUGAUGUCGCACGUGGAGGGCUACCCGCUGGUCCAGGUCCGGGAGGUCCGGCACCCGGCGCAGGUGUUCAACGAGCUGAUGGCCAUCCUGUGCCGCAUGGCCGCGGUGGGGCUGGUGCACUGCGACUACAACGAGUUCAACGUGCUCGUGUCGCGCGAGGACGACGCGAUCACGGUGAUCGACUUCCCGCAGAUGGUGUCGGUCACGCACCGCAACGCGAAGGAGCUCUUUGACCGCGACGUGGAGUGCAUCAUACGGUUCUUCCGCCGCAAGGUCGGGUGGGACCCGGAGAGCGACCCGGACGUCAAGGUGCUGCGGCCGGACCUGGCGGACUACGCCGCGACGGAGCACUCCGUGGACCGGGAGCUGCAUGCGUCAGGGUUCAAAACGAAGCAUCAGGAGGCGCUCGAGGCGUACGAGUGGCGGCGGGGCUCGGACGACGAGGGGGGGAGCGGGGACGACGAGAGUGGGGACGAGGGUGAGGGGGAGAGCGAGGGGGAGGAGUGA